AGUCGUACGCUUUGUGCGUCGAACAGUUCGCGACGAGUGGCUUCAGGCUGCUGAGGCAAAAAGGGACCUUGAUGCAGUUCACAUCAGUUCAGCGUACAGUCCGUCAUCUGUUAAUAUUUACGAAUACUUAACCAACUAUACGAAAGGUUAGAUCAACCAAGCCAAGGCCAUGGUCUAGAACCGUCAGCUGGCGUUUCGUACAGUGGAUGAAAGGGUCAGGAGAGUGAGGAGCUUCGAGACUUGGGUGUUGUGGAUCACGGUCAUCGUGGGGGAGGCGAGAGUGAGAGCUGUUAGAGAGUAGACACGGUACUGCAAUAAACUAGAGCGAAACGUGAUAUCUAAUCGAGAAGACCUUGCAGAUAUAGCUGAGGCCAAGCGUGGGAUUGAAGUACCGCAUAGCUUCUUUUACAGCUGCUGAUGAAGGUAUCAUGAAAGAAAUACCAUCGCCGAUCUUCCUCAAUAGUGAGUUUUUGGCCGAAUGCCUCAGGAAUGAGUUGCGAAACCAACAAAUCAUUGUUCAAAGUUACAAUACGUCACGUGCCGUGCCGCCUGGUGAGAACUUCAACUGCUGUCCUUUACGAGUUAGGAUCUACUUUAAAAAUCACCCUGAAGAUAGUAAACUUCAUUUUAUAUCGAUAAUUAUCAAAGCAGACCCAAACGAAAGCCAAACUAUAGACGCUGUUAAUACAUUUCAUUUUACUGAAAUACAAUUCUACAGUAAGUUCAUUCCUGAAAUCAGGAAACUAGCUAGUACUCAACUAGCACCAAAGAGUCUCUUCUCUCCAAAGGUUACCAUUGUGAUUCUUGAAGAUUUGCAGGAACAAGGGUUCAAAAUGGCUAAAAAAGCUAAAAUGUUGGAUUUUGAUCAUUGUCUAUUAUAUUUUAAAUCUGCAGCUAUUCUGCACGCAGUGUCGUUCGUCGUCCAUCAAAAUAACCCUUCACUUUUAGAAUACAUUGGGAAGGAAAAGCUUUUUGCAUAUGAUUUGGAGAUUUCAGUCAUGAUUAAGAACUGUAUAAGAAAUGGCCAGAAGUGUUUGAGUGAAUGUGCUGAAAAGACGGAUAUAUUUAAGAAAUACAGCCAGCUAAUAAAAGAAACUAUCCCGUUUCUUUGGGAUAUGUUAGUUGAAGCGUUAAAACCUAGUGCAGUGUUGAACACGAUUAAUCAAGGAGAUCCUUGGACCACCAACAUGAUGUUCAAGUAUGAUGAAGGAGGUAAUGUUUGUGACAUCAGACUGUUGGACUUCCAGUUGGUCCGAUACGGUUCUCCAGUAAGUGACUUGGUCUACUUUAUAUGGACUAGUGCGACUCACGAGGUGAGAAGUCACAGACUUGAUGAGCUGUAUCACGUUUACGUGGAAAUCUUUAACAAGACAUUAAGAGAGUUAAACUGCAAUAAGUCCAUAUCUUAUGAACUCAUUAGGAAUGAGGAGAGAAGGUUAAGUCCUCUAGCUAUUUACUUAAUGGCAAUGUACCGUCCAUUUAACAGUGAGAACUCUGUUACUAGCGUAGAACCGUUCUUUUGCAAGGAAAACGAAGACCAAGAAGUUCAAAAUAUUUACAGAAAGUAUUACGAUGAAGAAUUUUGUAGUUAUCACGUGCCCAGGUAUCUGGAACAGCUGGAGUCGGUGGGAGUGUUCCAUUAUCUAGAACAAUGCAGACAGCUCCGUAAUUAAUUAGUUUGUUACUUUAUAUCUUCAUUCGUUUAAAUAGGUUACUAGUAUUUGAAGUUGUUUUGUUAAAAUAAGUGUAUUAGUUUAGCCAGAUAUGUUUCUGAUUUGUUAUUCUAUUUGUAUAUACAAUUAAAAGUUACAUUUAAGUGUACGAAA